UAUUGCUGUGUAUUGCUGCAAAGUGAUUGUCAUGGCUUCUGAACGAUACAGUUUUUCGUUAACAACUUUCAGUCCAUCAGGCAAGUUAGUGCAAAUAGAAUAUGCCUUAGCUGCAGUAGCCGCCGGUGCACCGAGUGUGGGCAUUAAAGCAUUAAAUGGUGUUGUUCUGGCUACGGAAAACAAACAUAAAUCUAUUCUCUAUGAUGAACAUAGCGUCAGCAAAGUCGAAAUGAUUACAAAGCACAUCGGCAUGGUUUACAGUGGCAUGGGUCCAGAUUACAGAUUAUUAGUAAAGCAAGCACGGAAAAUGGCACAACAAUAUCUCUUAGUAUAUCGAGAACCUAUCCCGACUGCACAACUCGUACAACGCGUUGCAAUGGUCAUGCAAGAAUACACGCAAUCUGGAGGUGUUAGACCUUUUGGAGUGUCUCUUCUGAUCUGUGGUUGGGACAAUGACAAGCCUUAUCUAUUCCAAUGUGAUCCAUCUGGCACAUAUUUUGCAUGGAAGGCAACCGCGAUGGGCAAAAACUUCGUUAAUGGCAAAACGUUCCUCGAAAAGAGAUAUAGCGAGGAUCUGGAAUUGGAUGAUGCCGUUCACACUGCCAUCUUGACGCUAAAGGAAGGUUUCGAAGGACAGAUGACUGCGGACAAUAUUGAAGUCGGUAUUUGUGACGCGAACGGAUUCAGAAAAUUGGAUCCCUCCAACGUGAAGGAUUAUCUCGCGAAUAUUCCUUAAGCUUAUGUGUGAACUU